AUGUCAGCACACAAGUGGAUUGACAAGUUGGACAAUCCAACUCUCAGUGUCCUUCCCCAGGAUUUCAUAACUCCUCAGCAAGAACCUUUUGUUGAGCAAGCAUCCUGUUCGGUUCCUGUACCGCAGCUCGAUGCGCUGCCAAGCACAUUACAGAAUAAGUAUGCAUUGGCACUAGGCAUUUGGACUGCACUGCUUUAUAGAUUGACGGGAGACGAUGAUAUUGUGCUCUACGUUGCACAGAAUAAGGUGUUGAGAUACACGAUACAGCCUAACUUUACGUUCCAGGAUUUGUACAACACAGUGAUUGAAGAAUUGGCUAGCUUGCCAGAUUCGAACGGCAUUUCAUUCGACUCAUUGGCUGAAAAGGUUGCCGAUGAUAAGGAUCUGGAUAGACCGCCACGCUUCUUCCGUCUGGCGUUCUUGCAGGAUCAGCGGGAUUUCAAACUCGAUCAGUUCAAGCACCAUCUCUGCGAUAUGGCGUUCAGCCUUACAGGUGGGCAAGGCGGCUCCAUCUUGGAGAUCAUUUACAACUCACUUUUGUACUCUUCUGAGAGAAUCAGCAUUCUUGCCGAUCAAUACGUGCAGUUCGCUUCUGCGGUUCUAAGCAAUCCGCUUUCAUGCAUUACAAAGGUCUCGCUGAUGCUACCAUCUUCGACGGAGGUUCUGUUCGAUCCCAAGGCAGAGCUGGGCUGGUGCGAUUUUGUGGGUUGCAUUCACGACAUUUUCCAGGACAACGCUGAGAAGUUCCCAGAGAGAACCUGUGUGGUCGAGACGCCUUCCGCGAGCUCCCCAGUAUCCCGCUCUUUCACAUACCGAGACAUAAAUUGUGCUUCUAAUAUUGUGGCACACUAUCUGAUCGACACCGGGAUUAAGAGGGGUGAUGUGGUAAUGAUAUACUCUUCUCGUGGUGUAGACCUGAUGGUAUGUGUGAUGGGUGUCUUGAAAGCUGGCGCUACUUUCUCUGUCAUCGAUCCAGCUUAUCCACCGGCAAGACAAACUAUUUACUUGGGUGUCGCUAAACCUCGUGGUUUGAUCGUCAUCAGAUCAGCUGGCGAACUUGAUCAAUUGGUGGAAGAUUAUAUUAGCAAAGAACUUGACGUCGUAUCGCGUAUACCUUCGAUUGCCAUUCAAGAAGAUGGUUCGCUGCAAGGAUCUCUUGAUGACUCGGCUGAUAUUCUAGCACCUUAUGAGAAAUUGAAAGAUACCCGCACAGGAGUUGUUGUCGGUCCCGAUUCGAACCCAACGCUGUCAUUCACCUCUGGUUCGGAAGGUAUUCCUAAAGGUGUUCUUGGCAGACACUUCUCAUUAGCUUACUAUUUCAACUGGAUGGCUAAGAAGUUCAAUCUUUCGGAAAAGGACAAAUUUACCAUGUUGAGUGGUAUCGCGCAUGAUCCCAUUCAAAGAGAUAUGUUCACACCAUUAUUCCUAGGUGCUCAGCUAUAUGUACCUGCACAGGAUGAUAUCGGGACACCAGGGAAACUAGCCGAAUGGAUGAGUAAAUACGGUUGCACAGUGACACAUUUGACCCCAGCCAUGGGACAACUACUAGCCGCUCAAGCUACUACCCCAUUCCCAAAGCUGCACCAUGCAUUCUUUGUGGGUGAUAUUUUAACCAAACGUGACUGCCUGAGACUGCAGACUUUAGCUGAAAACUGUCGUAUUGUUAACAUGUAUGGUACAACAGAAACGCAACGUGCUGUUUCCUAUUUUGAAAUCAAGUCUAGGGCCGAGGACCCUACUUUCUUAAAGAAGCUGAAGGAUGUCAUGCCAGCUGGCAAAGGUAUGUUAAAUGUUCAACUUUUGAUCGUGAAUAGAAAUGACCGCAGUCAAAUCUGUGGUAUCGGUGAAAUUGGUGAGAUUUAUGUCCGCGCCGGCGGUUUGGCUGAAGGUUACCGAGGCUUACCAGAACUAAACAAAGAAAAAUUUGUCAACAACUGGUUUGUUGAACCGAACCACUGGGAUUAUCUGAACAAGGAUCAAGGCGAACCCUGGAGGCAGUUUUGGUUCGGUCCUAGAGAUAGACUUUACAGAACUGGUGACUUGGGUCGUUACUUACCAGACGGAAACUGCGAAUGCUGCGGUCGCGCUGAUGAUCAGGUAAAGAUUCGUGGUUUCAGAAUUGAACUAGGUGAAAUUGAUACACACAUAUCUCAGCAUCCGCUUGUCAGGGAGAAUAUCACUCUGGUGCGCAAGAACAAUGAAAACGAACCCACAUUAAUAACAUUCAUGGUCCCAAGGUUUGAUAAACCAGAUGAGUUGUCCCCCUUCCAAACUGACAUCCCUGAAGAGAUCAAAUCUGACCCAACGGUGAGUGGCCUAGUGGGUUAUCACUUGCUGGCCAAGAACAUUAAAGAAUUCCUGAAGAAGAGGUUAGCCAGCUAUGCUAUUCCCUCCCUCAUCGUGGUUCUGAAUAAACUACCGCUAAACCCUAACGGAAAAGUCGACAAACCAAAAUUACAGUUUCCAAGUAAUAAGCAGCUAAACUUGGUGGCUCAAAGCUCUAUGACUGAUGUGGACGACUCAGCUUUCACUGAAAUUGAGCGCCAAGUCCGAGAUGUGUGGUUGAAUGUCCUUCCAACCAAACCUGCUUUCAUAUCUCCGGAGGAUUCGUUUUUUGAUCUAGGAGGCCAUUCUAUCCUUGCCACUCGUAUGAUCUUUUCGUUAAAGAAAGAGCUACAGGUUGACUUACCUUUAGGUACGAUCUUCAAAUUCCCAACUAUUAAGGCCUUUGCAGCAGAGAUUUCUAGAAUCAAGAGCUCUCGCGAAAGUGCUCAUGCUAGCCAAUCCGCUGUUGCAUUCGACUAUGCCAAUGACGCCAAGGAAUUAGCGGAAACAUUACCUUCGUCUUACCCAUCACGCAGCCCAUUUAUCAGACCUUCUGAAGCCACUGGUAAAUCAACUAUAAAUGUUUUCGUGACCGGUGUAACGGGUUUCCUGGGAUCUUACAUCUUAGCAGAUCUCUUAAAGCGUAGCACUCCUCAUUACGAUAUCAAGGUGUACGCUCAUGUGCGUGCCAAGGAUGAGAGCGCCGGAUUAGAGAGACUGCAAAAGGCCGGCGUAGUCUACAAUACCUGGUCAUCUGAUUUUGAGAACCGAAUUCAAAUUGUUCUUGGUGAUCUAUCGAAACCAGCAUUCGGGCUGAGCGACGAUAAAUGGUCGAAAUUAACUGAAGAAAUUGAUGUCAUCAUUCAUAAUGGUGCUUUGGUUCACUGGGUUUAUCCAUAUACAAAGUUGAGAGAUGCAAACGUCGUUUCAACUGUAAAUGUUAUGAGCCUCGCAGCUACUGGGAAGGCAAAGUACUUCAACUUUGUGUCUUCCACUUCAACUCUGGACACUGAUUAUUAUUUUUCAUUGUCAGACAAAUCAGAGGCUGAAGGCAAGACUGGUGUCCAAGAAUCGGAUGAUCUGAUGGGCUCCGCUGAAGGAUUAGGUGGAGGCUACGGACAAUCUAAAUGGGCUGCUGAGUAUAUCAUCAGACGUGCCGGUGAACGAGGACUUCGCGGCUGCAUAGUAAGACCGGGCUACGUUACUGGCGCCUCUAGGAAUGGUUCUUGUAAUACGGAUGAUUUCUUGUUGAGAUUUUUGAAGGGUUGUUUGCAGCUGGGAAAGGUUCCGAAAAUCGACAGCACUGUCAAUAUGGUUCCGGUGGACCAUGUUGCUCGUGUUGUAACAGCUACGGCUUUGAAUCCACCAAGUGAAAAUGAGUUUACAGUUGCGCAGGUCAACUCCCAUCCACGUAUUGCGCUGACAGAUUAUGUACUCGAACUGAGAAAAUACGGCUAUGACGUUACAGUGGAAAGCUAUGACGAGUGGAAGAAAACAUUAGAAAAAUCAGUCAUAGAAGAAGGCCAAGACAAUGCUUUGUAUCCGCUAUUGCACAUGGUCUUGGAAAACCUACCUGAGAAUACGAAGGCUCCAAACCUUGAUGACAAGAAUGCCGUGACAUCCCUGAAGAAGGACAUUGAAUGGUCAGGAGAGGAUGUUUCUAAUGGGAAAGGUGCUACAAGCGAGCAAAUUGGAAUUUACAUUUCUUUCCUACGCAAAGUCGGCUUCUUGCCUGCACCAACCCAGGAAGGGACAGUCAAGUUGCCUGCAGUUGAACUCUCACAGCAGCAGCUUGAAUUGGUCGCUUCGGGGGCGGGCGCUCGUGGUAGCUCAGCCGCCGCUUAG